CCACUUCCAUCCCCACAGGUAGCGCUGGGACUCAACCGCACAGCCGACCCGACUUGUAGUGCUCACUAAUAGUGAGCCUCGAGUUGGAUUGACAUGGACCGACCUCCAUUGCCUCCAUAUUCAUGGCAUCAGUCUCAUGACCAGGCUACGGUCCUGCUUCACGUACCCUACGACACCGCGGACGAAGAUGUAGACGUUGUGAUUGAGCGUGAUAACCUCGUGGCAGGUGUUCGUGGACAGCCUCCUGUAAUCAAGGGUAAACUGUACGGCAACGUCGACGUCUCCCGAUCCGUGUGGCAACUGGAGUCGCGCACCUCCCGUCACCUCGCGCGAGAACGCACCAUAUCGUCGGUCUCCACCACGUCUACUCAGUCCUCCUUCGCGUACGUCUCCGACGUCGAUAUCUCGAGCAGCUUCGCCGCCUCGCUCGAGAGCACCCAAGCGUCCGACUCAGAGGAUCCGACCCCGCUCUCCUCACGCUUCCCAUCGGGCGAAGAGAUAGCUAGCUUACGCACCCUUCGCCGACAAGACACACAACCGCUCUCUCGCUCCAUGUCCCCUCAUGACGCCACCAUGUUCAGCAUCCCUUCCUCCUUCUCCUCCUCGCUCGAAUCCCUCCCAUCUCCCUCCUCCAGGCGCCUGCUGACCCUUCACCUGGAGAAAGCCGACCCAAGCGGCUUUUGGCCAUCCCUCGUCACCGGCCCUGUACCGCUCUCUCUAUCCCCCUCCCCCGACGGCGACGAAGAAUACAACAUGGACUCGACCAGCCUCACCCUCCUCGCCGCCGAACUGCAAGAUAUCCGUAAGGACAAAGAAGGCGCCUUCGAGAUGUUCGUCCGCGCCUGGCGGCGGGAUCGCACGCCCUCCGCCGCCCUCCGCCUCGCGCCCUACUUCGCCUCCGUCGGCCUGCCCCCUCCCAAACCGUCCUCCACCCGCGGCUCCCCCGGCUAUCACCUCGCCCGCCUCGGCGGCCCCACCGCACUCGCGCACCUCCUUCUCCAGGUCGGCCUGCUCCACCUCGAAGGCGCCGCGCCCGACCUAUCCGCCUCGCACUCCGGCCUCUCCUCGUUGCGCAUCCCGACGCCCUCCUCGUCCUACUCCGCCCCCGGAAACGGACAAGAAACCUGGCGGCGCGACCGCGAGCUCGCCGCGCGCUACUUCGACCGCGCCCGCGCCUUAUGCCCCGAGCUCGACGUGCCCGUCAUCCAGCACGAGCCGCACGCUUCGACACCCUCCGGCUCCGAGCUCCUCAUGCCCUCGAUCGAGCUCCCCCCGCCGGUCAGAUCGGAGACGGCCCGGAAACGCAAGGUCGAGCAGGCGUCGAACGUGUCCGUGGUGAGCAAGGCGACGGCGUCACCCGCAACCGAGGACAUCGACAGCACCUGGUACCUGUACAUCCCGGGCCUCGUCGGCGCCGGGUUCGCGGUCGCGGUCGUCGGCAUGCUCAGCUUCUCGUCGUGGUCCAAAAGCCGCCAGGCGUCGUGACGCCUCGCCUAUCCAUAGCCUCCUCUCUCUCUCUUCCUUCCGGUUCAUCACAUCUCGGUGUUUUCGGAUGGUACUCAGGUUCUUCUCCCUCGCUGUCGUCGUGCACAUAGAUGCUUUCCUUUGCUUUUUUUUUUUCGGUUGUCAGCGGCCGUACUUGUAUCC